GGGAAGCGCUAGGACCAAGCGGGCUCGAAGAGACCGCUGGAAUCUCUUCUGUGCAGAGUGGUUGCUGCUGCUGCUGCCGCCGCCGCCGCUGCCGCUGCCAUUUCUUCUCGCGUUCCCCGCUUGGAGAGGAGAAAGGAGGGGAGAGGGAGGUUACUGACGCUGACUGGACUCAAGCGCUGGAUUGCCAAGGACUCCCACUGCCUGCUGCUUCUGCUUUUGCUGCUGCUGCUGCUGCUGUUCCUGCUCUGGACAAGUGUGGAAAGCAGAGCGAGGAGGGGCGGGGGGAGGAGGAGGAGGAGGAGAAAGGCAGAGGGGGAACUCAAGCUUGAAGGAGAGAAGGAAGCCCCGAGAAAGAAGGAAAGGAGCCGCUCUUCUUCCAGAGUCUCCAUGGCGCAAGGAAAGAGGCUGAAGCCGAGGAAAGUGUGAGGCUCGGGGAGGAGGGAGACCGGUUCGUAACUUUCCGACGCCUCGAAGACGUUUGAGAAGCCGGGAGGAAAAAAAAAACCCCGCUUUCUUCCAUGCCCCGGUCACUUCAGCGCUUCGGAAGAUUCAAGGCGCUAAUUCCGGACUCUUUCUGGCUUUCCUUUCCGAGGUAACUUUUGGGAAGUCUUGUAGCCGCCGCCGUUGGUAGAAGUGCCGGGAGAAGAGCGUGGAGAGGGUGGGGUGGGGGUGGGAAGCCUUGGAGGAAGUCCUGAAGGAGAAGAAAAGAGGGAGAAAGUUUCGGCUGAAAACCCGGCGGCGAUUUUUUCUCUCCCCACCCCGGUCCUCAGCGGCUUGUUUUUGAGGAGGCCGGGGGGCGCAAAUAAAGCGCCGAGAAGAUGACCUGGAAGGGCAGCUGCUGCUGCGGAGGUGUCCGAAGCGGAGGAGAUUUUCUAUGCCUGCUCCUUCUCUUGAUGGGUUUCCUCUUGCCCGCCUGCAGGACUCGCUUGUACACCAACCACUGGGCUGUGAGGAUAAGUGGCGGGCUCCAAGAAGCCAACCGGAUAGCGAGCAAGUACGGCUACAUCAAUAUAGGACAGAUUGGAGCACUGAAGGAUUAUUACCAUUUUUACCAUAGUAAAACAAUUAAAAGGUCAGUUCUCUCAAGUAGAGGUACUCACAACUUCAUUUCCAUGGAGCCAAAGGUAGAAUGGAUAGAACAGCAAAUUGUAAAAAUAAGAAGAAAGAGAGAUUACAAACCUGUUAGCAUGCAGACCAUGUUUUUUAAUGAUCCUAAAUGGCAAAGUAUGUGGUACAUGCAUUGCAGUGAUAAUACACAUCUUUGUCAGUCAGAUAUGAAUAUUGUUGGUGCCUGGAAGAGAGGCUACACUGGAAAGAAUAUUGUGAUCACCAUUUUGGAUGAUGGCAUUGAAAGAAACCAUCCAGACUUGACGCAGAAUUAUGACCCAGAUGCCAGUUUUGAUGUCAAUGGUAAUGAUAUUGAUCCCAUGCCUCGGUAUGAUGCCAGCAAUGAAAACAAACAUGGAACCCGUUGUGCUGGAGAAGUAGCAGCUACAGCAAAUAACUCACAUUGCAUAGUAGGAAUUGCAUAUAAUGCCAGAAUUGGAGGAGUGCGGAUGUUAGAUGGUGAUGUUACAGACAUGGUAGAAGCAAAAUCAUUGAGCCUCAAUCCACAGCAUAUACAUAUCUACAGCGCUAGCUGGGGUCCUGAUGAUGAUGGAAAAACAGUUGAUGGACCAGCUUCUUUAACACGCCAGGCCUUUGAGAAUGGGGUCAGAACGGGCAGAAACAACUUGGGCUCCAUUUAUGUGUGGGCAUCUGGAAAUGGUGGAAGAAGUAAGGAUCAUUGCUCGUGUGAUGGCUACACCAAUAGCAUCUAUACCAUCUCCAUUAGUAGCACAGCUGAAAGUGGAAGAAAACCUUGGUAUCUAGAAGAAUGUGCAUCAACAUUAGCUACAACCUACAGCAGCGGAGAAUCCUAUGACAGGAAAAUAAUCACUACAGACCUCAGACAGCGUUGUACAGACAGUCAUACGGGGACAUCAGCUUCUGCACCUAUGGCUGCAGGAAUCAUUGCACUGGCCCUGGAAGCCAAUCGUUUACUAACAUGGAGGGAUAUUCAACAUAUUAUUGUAAGAACUUCACAGGCUAGACAUCUAAUUGCCAAUGACUGGAAAACCAAUGCAGCUGGUUACAAGGUCAGCCAUUUAUAUGGAUAUGGAUUGAUGGAUGCUGAAGCCAUGGUGGUAGAAGCAGAAAAGUGGACAACUGUCCCUCCACAGCAUGUCUGCAUUGAAAACACAGAUCGACAAAUCAAAACAAUACGACCAGAUAAUAUUCGUAAUGGACCAGAUAAUGGCGUUCGUUCAAUAUACAAAGCCACAGGAUGUGCAGACAAUGCCAAUCACCAUGUAAUAUAUCUGGAACAUGUGGUGGUACGAAUCACUAUUACACAUCCUCGGAGAGGUGAUCUGGCAAUUUAUUUAACCUCUCCUUCUGGAACAAGAUCUCAGCUAUUGUCCAACAGAUUAUUUGACCAUUCUAUGGAAGGUUUUAAAAACUGGGAGUUCAUGACAACUCACUGCUGGGGUGAAAAAGCAGCAGGUGAUUGGAUUUUAGAAAUCUAUGAUACUCCAUCUCAACUAAGAAAUGUAAAGACUCCAGGUAAAUUGAAAGAAUGGUCCUUAGUACUUUACGGGACAUCCAUACAGCCUUACUCCCCAAGAAAUGAUUUUUUAAAAGGCGAACGAGUACGCAUGAGUCCAAUUGAAGACCCUACGGAAGAUUAUGGACUAGAUGACUACUCAGGUCCCUGCAAUGCAGAGUGCAGUAAGGUUGGAUGUGGUGGACCAGGGCCAGACCAUUGCAAUGACUGCCUACACUAUUACUAUAAAUCUAAAAACAAUACACGAAUCUGUGUUCCCAACUGUCCACCUGGUCACUAUAGCGCAGACAAGAAACGUUGUAAAAAGUGUUCACCCAACUGUGAAACAUGUUUUGGAAGUCACAGUGAUCAAUGUAGUACCUGUAAACCUGGUUACUUUAUCAAUGAAGAAUCUAGAAGUUGUAUUACCUCCUGCCCAGACGGCUUUUACCUGGAUAACAAUAAGAUUGUCUGCCGUAAAUGCAGUGAAAAUUGUAGGUCAUGCACUGAAUUUCAUACAUGCACAGAAUGCAGAUAUGGUCUAAGUUUACAAGGAACAAGAUGUGUUAUACGCUGUGAAGCAGGGAAAUAUUAUAAUGGCAGAGACUGUGAGCCAUGCCAUCGUUCCUGUGCUUCUUGUGAAGGCCCAGGAGCAGAUGCUUGCAUCAAUUGUACAGAAGAGUAUUUUAUGGAGAAUGGAAAAUGUGUGGCAACUUGUCACAAUGGCUACUAUUUGGAUCACUCAUUAGAAAAUGGAUAUAAAACUUGCAAAAGAUGUGAUGUCAGCUGCUUUGGGUGUAGUGGUCCAGGAGAAAGAAACUGUACAAGUUGUCCAAGUGGCUACAUCUUAGAUACAGGUCUUUGUGUAGUUGGUCUUGUCUGUAAAGAUGCAACGGAAGAGUCUUGGGCAGAAGGCGGCUUCUGUAUGCUAGUGAAAAAGAAUAAUCUUUGCCAGCGGAAAGUACUUCAGCAACUUUGCUGCAGAACAUGUACACUGAAAGGUUGAUUUGGCUUCUCUCCAGGCAUUCUUGUUCCGGUAGACUUAUAGAUUAAUCCAUAUUAUUAAAAAUGGGGAAACCCUCCCAAACCACUUUUUUUUCCUCCUCUUUCUCCCCUUUGGGGAGGCAGUGAACUGUAUAUUGGAACUUAAAAUAUAAAACUACAACGAGCCUACCUUUCAUUACUGGGUGUUCAGAACAAAACAUCUGGGAUCACAGUGUCAGUAGGUUGUGACCAAAGCAUUUUAUGCCAAAUUAAAGUCAUUCGACUUCCUGUCAAUUUAAGGACAUGCCUGGAUUUUAUUUUAUUUUUUGACAAAAAUCUGCUUUCCUUUUUUUUUGCUUGUUUCCCUUGAAGAUGUGUAGAGUGCGCCAACAGUACAGCACAAGUUUACAAUGGAUUAAAACAAAACAAAAAACAUACUUGCAUUAGUCUUUUCUUUUUUGUCCUCAUGUAAUAAGAAUGAGAAGAACUCUGAAAAGAAAUAGCAUUUUUUUGUUGGAAGCUCAUGCUCUGCGUGCAUUACAGUGGUGUUGUAUUUUUUUUUUUAGUGCUCUUGUAUGUUGGGUAGCAUUUGCUUGUAUUCAUUUUAUCACAUUGCUAAAUUCUCCAACAGCUUUUCAAAUUCUGGCCAGAUCAACCAGUAUGUUUUUAAAGAUAGGUUUUGAAGUGUUAGGGCAUCAUUCUGGUAUGAAUAAACUCUGAAAGAUGCAAGUACCUUCCCCCCCCCCUUUUUUUUUCUUUUAAAUGUAGCUUUUAUACUUGAAACUGGAAUCCACCAAUAUCCAUCAGAUAGAGUGUGCACUUUUAAAACUUUGAUACCAAUAUAUUUCUUUGGAUAUGGGCCAUGACUUCAGGCAAGUUAAACAUAAAAAUUAAAGGAAAUAAUUUUAAUAAAUAAUAUCUAAUUUAAGCGAACCAAAUAAUCUUAUCAGGAGUCAAAAAGCAGUAAGUAACAAUCAAAUAUAAGUUCAUUAAUAUACAUAGAGGAAUAUGAAUAGACCAAAUUAAUUUCAAUCUUAAGACUAUCUUCAACAAAAAUACAUAUACCACACAUCAGUUUCUAAAAAAGAUCUUUCCAAAAAUCUGUUGAUAUUUCUUUUUACAUAUUUACUUUUAUGUACCUUUAUGUUUAUCACUUAUUUUCCUUUAGCUAACAUUAGAUCCUUUUACUGAUACUUUCUGAAACUCGAAUUUUUCCUACCAAAUAUUUCAUGCAUUUAUUAAAGUGUGAUGCAUACAUGGAUAUGCCACAUAUUCCACCAAAUAGUAUAAUGUUUAGUUUUUGCAGUAAAAUAAGGUCUUGCGGGGUUCUUUUUGCAUAAAAAUGAAUAAAAUGAGCACAAUCACAUAUCAAUGUGUGGAUUUCAGUAUCUCUUCAGCAAGUAAAUAUGCAUUGGCUCAUGUAUGGGUUAUUUUAUAUGUAAUAUGCUCAAUACAUUCAUGAUAUAUUGCUUUUGGAACAAAGAGUAAAUUCUCUGGAUUUCAGCAAUUGUGAAAAGCGAAUAGAUAUGAAAUUCAGAAUGCAAUGGUACUACUAUAAACAUUUGUGUGGUCUAUAACUAUAACUGGAAUUAAUAUACUAAACCUAAUUUUGCUCUUAAUGUGCAUGCAUUAUCAGUAUUCCAUCAAGAGUGAAAUAAUUUGUUAUUAUUGUGCAAUAAUAGAAAAUUUAAAGUACUAAGUGUAAAGCUUUACUGCUACCAUAUAAUAUGUAGAGAAAAU